AUGCAUUACAUCUUCAACGAUCACGGUUCGAGUCCAACUCGGUUCCCUCGAAAAGCACUGUCUAGUAUGAUAUAUCCUUCUCGACUGGCGUCGCAGCACCGAAAUAUGGUUGACCUUUCAUGGCGGUCGACUUCAAUUUUCAUUAUCAAUGAUCAGAAAUUCUAUGAGGCGAACACCAAGCGCCCUCAACCACGAAACUCGAGCUAUUUUGCACCGUCCCAUGCCUUGGGGGCCUCUAUUUCUGGUCCUCCUAAGUCCCUUCUGCAACCUUUGUCCGAUACGGCAUAUGCGAUCCCGAAGCCCCCGUCAGCAUAUAUUCCACAUCAGGCUCGGUUCUCAAAUUCCCACUGGACCAGGGCGAAUGAAUGCGCUGUGGACCAGUUUGGGCCUAGCCACGAAGAUGAAGAACUGUCCGACAGCGAUGGGUCAUCCGUCGAGGCUCCAUCCGUUGACGACGACAAUUCUGUUAGCACGGUGAUCCCUGAGGACGAAGAUUUUGCACAGAUCCGGGUUGCUAUUCAUGUGGAAGUCGUCACCCAAGUUUUCGAGCGAGAUGGGGUGAUUGCUGGCGCCGAGACGCCGUCCAGUGAUGGACAUUUGUGGCCACCUCCAACUAUCUUCCAGCAAACGACUGGGGAGCUCAUUGACGCUGAAUACACCCUCGUACGAGUCGCUCUUGAGGACCGUAGGACCGUGGACCUUGAUGAGAUAGCCCAGGACCUUGAUGAGAUGGUGGGGGAUAUCCUUCAGGUGCCCAGCAUCACACCCCUAAACGAUGGGUCAUGGGAAAUUCUUGUUCGGAAUGCCUAUCUCCCCACUCUACGGAGCAAGCUCCCUAACCGCUUUACUCUCGAUCCGCAAUACUGCCCAUUUGAACCUCUUCGCGAGGACGUGGAAUGUUGGGGGCUCGAGAAGGCCCGGGAACUUUAUGCCCUCUGGUUUUCAGAAAGGGCAAUUAGGGUUAUUGAAAAAUCCUGGGCCAUUGCACAAAUGUACUAUGGUCAUGUCUUGAAGCAUCACAAUCGAAGGAUUCGGAGUCUAUUGAGCGAGUCGAGUACGAUGGGUACAAUGGGAGAUUCAAUGUUGAAUGGCCUACAAACGGAGGGAGGAGACGAGGAUGUUAGAAGGUAG